AUGUACUCGGUCUGGACGCGCGCGAACUCCGUGUUCUUCGGGUCGCUCACGGCGCUCGCAAUCAUGUGCGCGCUCACGGCCUUCAGCACGUACCUGCACGAGUCCGCGCCGGUCGUGCGCCGCCUCGACCUCGUCAAGCUCCACUCACUGCGCAAUUACCGCGACAAAGCCGACCGCGCGACGCUUUCGUUCGCCCUCGACGCUGACCUGAGCUCGGUGUUCAACUGGAACGUCAAGCAGCUGUUCGUGUACGUGGUGGCCGAGUUCGCGAGCGCCAGCAACGCCCGCAACGAGGUCGUGAUCUGGGACAAGAUCGUGCAGACGAAGGAGGACGCGGGCCUCCUGCAGUUCCAAGAGGAGGGGGUCAAGUACUUCCUGGCCGACCAGCACGACGAGCUGCGAGGGGCCAACGUGACCCUCCGACUCGAGUGGGACAUUAUGCCCGUGUGCGGUCGCAUCUUUGUGCACACGGGUGCCACCAAGGCCAACUUUGCGCUGCCGGAAGAGUACCAAGGCAAGGCGCCCAAGACUGGUGGACAAUACUAG